AAACACAUCCUCCAACCGCUCACGAGGAAAAACCACUGCCUCCUCCUCCGCCCGCUUGCCCCUUUCCCCUCCCCUUUCUUUAAAACUUUUCCCCUCUUUUUCCUGCGCUACAGAAGAAGAAGAAAUGUGCCCCGGAGAUAUAUAAAAGGGCAGGGCAUCCAAGGAGGCGCCGCAGAAGAAGAAGAAAUCAUCAUCAUAUCUUUGAGUCACAGCAAUGGACAACAGUGGGGGGCGAAGAGUUCUUGUCCCAAUGCAAAUGCCAGGGGCGAACCAGAGCGGGGGAAGCAGGGGCGAACCAGGAGCAUAUGCAGUGCUGCAAUUAGUGGGCUUUGCUCACUCUCCCAAUGGGAAUACCAAUGCGACGCCCACAAUUAUCUGGUCGCCGACGGCGGGGGCGGCGGCUUCGCCCCUGCCCUCCCCUCGAAACGCGACGACAGCAGGAGCGGCGGCGGCGAUGGAGUCUCCGCGAGCACAGCCCUCCGAGGCGGAGAAAGCCCAACAGCAGCAGCAGGUGGCCACGACCUUCGUGCAGGCGGACACAUCUUCCUUCAAAGAAGUGGUGCAGAAGCUCACUGGUGCCUCGGAUGAGAAGAAGCUGCCCAUCACCAUGCCCGCCCGUUACUUGCCGCGAUCGGCCCCUACCUCGGCCCCUGCAGCCGCCGCUGUGCAGGCAGACCACCAGCAAAACCUGGCGCCCAAGCCUGCCUUCGAAGUGGGUCCGCGAAAGGCGGCGUUCAAGCCGCAGCUGCAUGAGCGGCGGCAGAAUUUGAGAAGGUUGGGCAUCAAUGUGAAUCCGAGCCCGCCCUCACCCCUUAGGGUGAAUCUGAACGGGCGAAUGAUUAACCCCCCUGAAAUCUUAUCGCCCUCCAUGCUGGAUUUCCCUUCUCUGGUUCUGAGUCCCGUGACGCCUCUGGGUGGCGAUCCCUUCAUUGACUGCCCUUCCUCCACUACCUCCACCACCUCCACCUCUGCCUCCUCCUGCUCGCUCACUGAGGAGGACAAGGCCAUUGCCGAAAAGGGAUUCUAUUUGCACCCCUCGCCGCUCCACACGCCCCGGGGUUCUGAGCCCGAACUGCUGCCCCUCUUUCCUCUGCACUCUCCCAGGGACUCCGAUGCCUCUUCUUAACUUCUUGAAAAAUCAAUGAAUGCCCUUGCUCUUGGCCAACGGUCAUUGACCUGUUUCUUGUUUUCGAUUUCGUCAACAAUUUGCACGCCCUGGUAACUCGUCUUCUGACCUCAUACGGCCAAAUGGUAUCUGUUUUGGUUUUGCUGGAUCUGGCCUCCCGCGAGCUUUUCCUGAACGAGUGUCAGGGCCAAAUGUUUUCUCUUUUUAACUCUCAGUAAGUACUUAUGUUUGAUGUAUCAUAUCUAUUGAUUUGUAUGGACUUAAUCUCUCUCAGAUUGCUUGGCAUGUAACCAUGGAUUCAAAUGCCCCAUCCUUUUUUCCCUGCUACAUGUGAUCAGUAAUUGUGAAUUUAUGCUUUUUCUACUGUUACAAAUGACGAUCUCUCAGUUUUUUGGCCUCGUGUGUAUUAAUAAAUAAGCAUCUCAAAAUCGUUGCUUUGUGAA